AUGUCCCGGCAUCUCUUCAAUUCCGCGGUGCUACUUCUCCUCUUGAUGGUGUGCUCUGGCAGUGGUGCUGCAUCCGCUGAGGCGAGUAACCCAAGGAACGGAAUCAUCUUUAAAGGAGGGGAUUCGUUUAAUGAUCCAGAGACUGAAAAUUUGGUACAGGCGUUUCACUCGUUCCGUGCGCCUUCUCUUGUUUACGUGAAUGGUGUUGUUGUGGCCACUGUUGAAGCGCAUUACACAAACACCACGGAUAAAAAAUCGUGCGUCAGUCUUGUUGCAAGGUCGAUGAAAAUUGAUGGAGGGGAGUGGACAAAUGGAACUGCCAUCGUGUUUGAUCAUUACGACGUGAAAAUUGACCGCCUGUUGAGCCCAACUACCAUUGUGGAUGAAGAAGAUGGUUAUGAAAUAAAUGCACUUGUCGGGGGUUAUGGCACGUCAACGACUCCAUUGACGGAGGUGACUGGUGAUGGAUAUUGGGCGCCCAGGAUAGCGGCUGGUGGUUUGAUUCCGCAUGACGAUGACGAUGAGGAAAAGAAGGAGUUUAAGUGGCAAAGUCAAAGCACGUCAUUAGUUCCUUAUGAAAUUUGGGGGGAUUACAGCACCAAGCCCAAACGUUUCAAACAAUUUCUGGGUGGUGGCGGCGCAGGCAUUAGGAUGGAGGACGAGAGUCGCUACGUGCUGCCUAUUCAAGCCUUGAAGGAUGAUGGAAAGGUUGUCUCGUUGGUCAUCCUUGCCAAAGGUUUUACUUAUGGUUGGGAGUUCUCAAAUGGUACGAGUGAUGAGGGAUGCAUCCAGCCUGCGGUUCUUGAAUGGGAGGGCAAAGAUCUCGUCAUGAUGACGUCGUGUGAGGACGGCAGCCGCAGGGUUUACUUGUCAAGCACCAUGGGGAGACGGUGGACGGAGGAAUACGACACUCUUUCACGCGUGUGGGGCAACUCGCUGAAACGUACAGGGCACGGCGUGCAGGGUGGCUUCGUUAGCGCGACGAUCGAUGAACAGAAAGUCAUCCUCGUCAGUCGGCCGGUAUAUUCCGGGGAGGAGGGAAAACAAGAAACAGGUCGACUUCACUUGUGGCUGACGGACCUGCAGCGAAUUUAUGAUCUUGGGCCGAUAUCCGCUGAGAAUGAGAACGUCGCCGCCAGCACUCUGCUGUACGCCACGGUCGAAGUGCCGUCAUUGGAAGGGGAAGGGGGAGAAUCGAAGGAAGAGAAGAAACUGUACUGCUCGUACGAGGUCGCUGCAGAGGGAGAUAAGUACAACAUUGCCUUUGUGGACUUGACGGAGAAGUUGGAGGACAUGAGGAAGGUGUUGGCUGCAUGGAAGACGAAGGACGCGCAAAUUGCGAAGGAAUACGGCUGCGGGAAUGAAAAGGAUGCAAAUAAACGACGUUACUGUGACGAUGGUGACCUCACUAAAGGGCUGGUUGGCUUCUUAUCCAGCGCGUCAACUGACAGCACGUGGGCAGACGAGUACCUCUGCGUGAAUGCAACCGUUCACGGGGAAGUGGAAAGUACUCCUGACGGUGGAUUGACGUUCAAAGGACCCGGAGCGUGGGCGGAGUGGCCUGUUGGCGACAUGGGGCAGACUGUGCCGUACCACUUUGCGAACUCUAAGUUUACUCUUGUGGCGACGGUGUCCAUCGAUAAGGCGCCGAAGGAAGGCAGCAGCCCCAUCCCUUUGAUGGGCGUGAGGAUGAACGAUGCACAAGGCACGGUGCUUCUUGGUCUGUCGUACACCCACGACAAAAAGUGGAGGAUAAUCUUCAACGGCAGUCGUUUGACGCUGCCGGCGCAUGAUAACGAUGUCGAAUGGAAACCAAACAAGAAAUAUCAUGUGGUACUGCAAAUGGAUUAUAAUAAUGGACUGUUUGUGUACGUGGAUGGGAAGAGGAUAUGCGACACCGAAGAUUAUGAAGUUGAGGAUUACGAGGGCUAUAAGAGCUUUUAUGACAGGUUACAACAGUCGAGCUCCCACAGCAUCUCGCACUUUUACAUUGGCGGGGACGGCAAGAGCAACUCGGGCAACAUUCAUGUGACGGUGAGCAACGUCCUGCUGUACAACCGCUUAUUGCAAGAUAAUGAGCUCAGCCCACUAAUGAAGACGAAGGCGGCCGCUGCUCCAGAGGCGGAGGUGCCGGCCCCGGAAGGUGCGCCUCAAAACAGUCAUUUGAGUCAACCCUCUGAAAAAGACGCCACACCAUCACCACAAAAACAAGACUUAUCACCGGAAAAAUCGGAAAAUGAAAAGCAUUCAGCAGGUUCCCGGCAGGCAUCUUCCACCGACCCCGCUGGCUCGUCCACCUCAGCCGCCGAGGGGAAAGUGGAAGAAGUGGCAUCCAGCAGUGUUGGCUCGGCGUCCUCAUUCUCUCCAACAGCGGGAGAAGACAGUCCUCAAAAAGUACGUGAAACCGAUGUGCCUGCCACUGAGGAUCACUUUGAACGUGAACAGGAGCACUCGUCUCUCAGCGUGGUUCAGCCGAUGACGGAGCAGGCUGAAGAGGCGGCUGUCGCCACUCCGCAGAGGAAAACCACUGAAGAUUGGCCGCAGCACAGCACUCUAUCUGAUGCUUCAGAGGACGUGGAAAAGUCGUCAUUCCAUCCCGCCCCGCCCACCAGCGACGAACAAACCGUUGACCCCGAGGAGAGGAAGGACACAAAUCCCCACACUGCCGUGGGUGCGAGCAGCGGCCCCGACUCAUCCCACAGCAUUGAGGUGGCGCCCUUGGACGGUGCCACAGCCGCCCAUGAGCCCAGCACAGACCCGAAAACUGCUCAAGGCCAUGGUGAAGUGUUGGAUGGCGAUGAUGCCGCGCCGGGUAAUAAAAGCACCCUGCCUGGGGAGACCAAGAUCCCAUCGGGGUCCAACGCAACAUCGCUCUCGGACCAUGACGUUUUGCUUGAGCACGGGCAUUUGAGCGACUUGGCGGCCAUGGCUCUAAUUGGUGACAGCACCGUGCAUGGGUGUGUGUCUCGGGUGUUGUUGCUGCUGCUUCUGGGGCUGUGGGGCACCGCGGCUCUCUGCUGA